CAUUUUGGGAUUUUGCUUGGAAGUGUUUGUGAGACGAGCUCAUAACUUUUGUUUAUUCCCACGAAGGUUGUGACAGCCUCAUUACUGAGUUUUUGAUAUGUAAUAUUUUUGAUUUUAUUUUUUUUUAUUGUUCUUUAUUUUUGGUCGCUAUGCGGCACACAUUUUGCGCAUCCUCGGAUUGGAUUGUCAUUUCUCAACUGGACUAUUUUCAAAACAACAUGAGAUUAUAGACACUGAUGGUCAAACUGCGUGCUCAACCAGUUGCCAUGGAUUUUUCCCGCCUGCACACGUAUACUCCACCGCACUGUACUCCGGAUAACACCGGCUAUACCUAUUCACUCAGCUCGAGUUACUCGUCCGCGGCACUUGAGUUCGAGAAAGAGCACAAGAUCAAUCCGGUGUACGACUCACCCAGAAUGUCACGCCGGAGUUUAAGACUACACACCACCACUGGUUUCUAUGGCGACAGCAGUCUCACGGAAAUGACACCGAAUCACAACUUGAGCUCUUACAAGCGUAACAGUGGCAGCAGUUCGAGCGUCAGCAGGUCUGUUCGGAGCAGAAGGCAGCAGCAGAAAUCGUCCAUGUACGAGUCUCAGAAUGUGACUCAAACUCCUCAGAAAGAUCAGACGACGUCGGACCUGAGCUUCAUCAGUUCAGCCAGCGAUGCGUCUCUGAUCUCCAAUCUGCUGGAUCAGUCCACACUCAGAAAGAGCUCGACCACACACACAUUCUCUGCACGGAGGAGGAGAAAUGACCAGAGCUCAUUGUUGGGGAAUGGAGACGUUAGCAAAACAGAGAGACACACUAAUGUGGAUAAUGGCUACGUUUGUAAGGACUGCUCCUUCAACGCAGACAGGACGGAGACAGAUACGGCAUGUUCUUUAGCGAACUCUGCAUCCGUAUCCUCUACAGUCCAUCAGACAGAUACAGACGUCACUCAUACCACCUCUCUGAACAGUGUUAAGACAGUGCAUGACAGUUACUGUGGCAGUAUGAAUGUGAGAGGUCUGGUGACUGCAGACAGCCAUCUCAAUCUCAAUGGAUCACUCUGUGAUGACUGUAAAGGAAAGCAGAACAUGGAAAUACAAAUGGAACACAAAUACACUUCCUUCAUCCGCCAUGUAUUCACAGUAUUGUGGGCGCUUGUUUCUUGCACAGGUUACGGUCUGCUGCGAGUUUGCCGAGGUUUUGGUUCAGCCGCUGGUUUUAUGGCUCAGAAGCUGAAGUCCGUUCUGUGGUUGGCCUUGUUGUCUCCAGGUGUUGACUGUAAAGCGCAGCAGCACAUGGAAAUAAACACGGAACACAUGCACAUUUCCUACAGCCACCACGUAUUCGCAGCAUUGUGGACCCUUGUUUCUUACACAGGUUAUGGUCUGCUGCGGGUUUGCCAAGGUUUUGGUUCAGCCGCUGCGUUUGUGACUCGGAAACUGAAGUCCCUUCUGUGGUUGGCCGUGUUGUCUCCAGGGAAAGCAGCAACCGGCGCCUUCUGGUGGCUGGGAACAGGAUGGUAUCAUCUGGUAGCUCUCACGUCUCUGCUCAACGUCUUUCUCCUCACCAGGUGUCUGCCCAAACUACUGAAGCUACUUUUGUUUCUACUACCCUUCCUUUUGCUGUUUGGAUUAUGGUACCUCGGUCCGAGCAUCCUGUCCUGCCUUCCAGCUGUAAACCUCACAGAAUGGAAGACACUGGUCACCUCCAUGACAUCACUUCCUGCUCUCCCCUCUCUCCCUUCUCUUCCUUCCUUACCCUCUUUACCUGCAUUCCUCUCUUUGACAUCAGAACCACUCGUCAAAGAGCAACACAUCCCACCUCCAGUCAUCUCGCAGCCUGCGUCAGAGUCGAUUUACAGGGACCGUUUGGCUCGGCUGGAGCAGCGGAUGGCGGUGUUAUUGGAGAGUGUCCAGCAGGGGGAGCUGAAAGCAAAGCAGCAGCAUCAGGAGGCUUUGGGUUUGGUUCAAGCUCUUCAGGAGCAGAUAAACACUCAAACAGACAGAGAAACACUCAGCCGCUGGGUCUCACAGCUGCUUGAACCCAAAUUCACUGAGAUCAAGGGGGAAAUGGAGAGAGAGCUGUCCAACAGGGCAAAGACUGAGGAACAGCAUGUUCAGCAUCAGACUGGUCUAGAAUCUCGACUAACUGAGCUGGAACUCCUGCUGCAGAACCUGAAUUCUAGAACUGAGGAAAUCCAUCAUAAACAGCAGACUUCUGCAACAGCCCCUGUCAGUGUUGGAGUAUCUCAAGAGAAGCACAAUGUUUUGCUCUCUGAGGUUCAGAGGUUGGAAGCUGAGCUCGGGCGCAUCAGAGGAGACCUGCAAGGCGUGAUGGGAUGUCAAGGGAAAUGUGACCGACUCGACACCAUACAUGAAACUGUGUCAGCACAGGUGAAGGAUGAACUGUACACCCUGUUGUACGGUCAUAACAGAGGUGAAGCGGAGAUCCCUGAGCCUCUGAUGUCGUGGUUUGCCUCUCAUUACACACGCUCCUCUGACCUCACCGCCAUGCUCACAGCUCUGGAGCGCAGCAUUCUGGGAAACCUGUCUAUCCAACUGCAGGAGAGCAAACAGCAGCAGUCCUAUGCUCAAACUGUCACUGAGACCGUUGCCCACACCGCAGGGGCUGCUGGGUUGUCAGAGCAGCAAGUCCAGCUGAUUGUCCAGCGUGCUUUGAAGUUGUAUUCUGAGGAUCGCACCGGACAGGUGGACUAUGCACUGGAGUCUGGAGGUGGCAGUAUUCUCAGCACACGCUGUUCUGAAACAUAUGAGACAAAAACUGCUCUGAUGAGCUUGUUUGGAGUUCCGCUGUGGUAUUUCUCACAGUCACCACGCGUUGUUAUCCAGCCGGACAUGUACCCAGGCAACUGCUGGGCGUUUAAAGGCUCCCAAGGUUACCUGGUGAUCAGGCUCUCUUUGAGUGUGCUCCCUACCGCUUUCUGUCUGGAACAUAUUCCAAAAUCUCUCUCUCCAUCGGGGAACAUCAGCAGCGCACCGCGUCGAUUCACUGUCCACGGACUGGAUGAUGAAAACCAGGAUGAAGGGAAACUUCUGGGUGACUACACCUAUGAAGAAGAUGGAGAGUCAUUGCAGAUGUUCCCGGUCACGGAAAAGAAUGACAGGGCGUUUCAGAUCAUAGAGAUGAGAGUGCUGUCCAACUGGGGUCAUCCUGAAUACACCUGCCUGUACCGUUUCAGAGUCCACGGCAAACCACACACUCAAUAAUCUGGCCCCACUCAACAUUACUAUAUAUCCUUUUAUGUAUAUAGAGGAAAUGCUUGGAUGCGGCGCAGAGGAAACUGGGCUUAUCAGCUAUAUUUUUAAGACUUUAAUACGAUACGACGGCCGAAACAGCAUAAAUUCAUUGCUCUUUCCCUCUGUGAUCCUCAUAACUCUAAGGAUUCCCACUUAUUCCUUUCCCACAUCCUUGUUCUUGCACUGAUUCUACCUAUUGGCUCCUGUCCUCAUUGGCUCUCCCGUAGAGGUUUGUGUGCCUUCAGACAGAACAUGCUUCACUCAUUCAAUGUACAUUUUUUUGUUUUCUAUAUGUUCAGAUCCUCAAUCCACACUAAUGCAAGUCUCAAAGCAUGGCUUGAAUUGAGUUAAGCUAAGACUUUCAAUCUCGUCCACUGGUCACUGCCACUUUAACAAUUUGUUAACUAGUCCACAAGGUCACAGGAAGUUAUAAGACGGGAUUGUUGUUGUUUUUAAACCUUUAUCACCACCAAACAAGUGAAUCUCAAACCUGUCAACAACAUGCGCCGGUCAUAUUUCACCCACCACAAAUUUUGCCCCCCAAAAAGGUCCUAUUUAUUUUCUUUUUUUUUUGCUUUUCACAAUGUGAAAUUACUUGAGUCAAUUAUUAAACCAUUUUCAUGUCAUUCGCAUUAAUGAAAUGCGGAAAAAGAUUAAAAUUGUUACGCUUUUAUACAUUGUAAGUUUUGUUGAACUGCCUUUUCAUUUAUACAGAUUUAAAUUUAAAACCUCAUUGUAUUACAGUCAUUUUUUAUUGUAAUACAAAAAAAUGUCCAAAGGCAGUAACAUGAGUUUUUUAUUAUUAUUAUUAAAUAAAUUUGGAGGCAAAUGUGCUUAAGCAGCACUGCAAACAAUCUGAAAUGGUCCUAAAAUGGGUUUAAUUUUCUUUAUGCAAAGAUUCUCUUUUUUUGUUUUUUGGUUUUGGGGUAAAAUGUGACCUGGACAUGUUUUUGUCAGGUUCACCCAAACUGGCACCUCACUUCACAUCUUUAUGUACCUUAAAAAUAAAUGCAUAACAGCCAUACAUUGUAAGAGACAGUCAUUUGACCAUGCAAAUAGAAUAUCGACAGAAGGGAAUGGAUUUCAAUGGACUGUUUGUGAGCACAUGGACUAAUUUGUGUAAAUUUUCAACCAAACUGUACACUAAACACAUCACUCGUUAGCAGGCAUAUCACAGCGCAGUGUUGAUACUCUGCAGGAAUGUAACUUAUUGUAACAAGUCCUUUUGAAUCUACUUAUAUCAGUAUUGAUUUUGCAAAACAGGGUGCAACCUGUGAUCAUUAUUGUUUCUUUUCAUUUUUUUAGUUAAAGUAGACAAUGCACUGUUUAUAAAGGAAGUGUAUGUUGCACAAGUCCUAUGUAAUUCAUUGGAUAAUUUUAAAAAGGCAGGGCUUCAUUUAUAGAACUGCUUUGUUGACCUCAGAGUCAGUUUGUAAAAUACUAUUGAUUUGUUCAUAACUAUUUAUUUAAGUAAUAGGACUUUUAUGCUGUGUUUUUGUAAAAUGCUUUUCAGUGCAUAUUUGUCUGUUUAUAUGAUUUAGAUAUGUUUUUGUUUCCGUUAUAAAAUGGCUACAGUGCUAUGAAUUACCAGCUAAGAAUUAUAAUUUUAAAGCUAUUUGUAUGAUUUCUUAUUAAAGCUUUAGUUUAAAAACACUGAAAUACAGCGUUUGUAAAUGAGUGGUUAAAGCGAAAGUUCACCAAAAAAUAAACAUUCUGUCCUUAUUCACUCACCCUCAUAUUGAAACCCGGUUCGAUGCGUCUCGACAUGCCAUAUUAAUAAAUAAAAAAAUAGCGAGAUUUGGGAGUAAGAUUUUCAGCUAAUAAUGGCUGAAAAUUUGUUCCGACUUAAACACAAAUCUGUCAAUUAGGCUUUAAAAGACUUGGACUUGUGGACUAUAUUUAUGGUGCUUUUUGUCAUUUUUGGAGUGUCCCUUUUUUCGACAAAGUCAUACAGUUUUGGAUUGUCAUGAGGGUGUGUAGAAAUGCCUGAUUUUUUGUAUUUUGGUGAACUAUCCUUCUGAAAAUUUACAGUUUGAAUGGCCAACUAAAAUAAUUGUGCUCUUGGGCUUCCUAAAGGUGAAUCACAUACUUAAGUUUGACCUAAUGUUUCAAAUUCUGAACCGUGCACAAAUGUUAAAAUCUGCUAGAGGCAGACAAGUCUUCAGUAAGCUCUUUUUUUCCUGUUCACCAGCAGGCAACCGGCCUGAAAAUAGCCAAUGAUUUGGCUCAUUCUGCUCUACACCUCCUUAUUGCUGUUUGGAGGACUGCAGUCCAGCACGUCCCUGUAUCUAGAUUGAAACAUUCAGAAAAUAAAUUUGGUACAGUAUGUAA